UUUAUGUUUCCACUUUACUUUCUUCUUCUCUCUUGCUUCUCUUCUUUCUCAACUCACAAGCUCCACUACAAUGUCAGACAUUACUCAUCUCCCUAUGGAACAACUUCAGGACCUCCAAUACUGCUUAGACUCUAAUCCUCCAUGGGCUGAAGCUAUCCUACUAGCAUUUCAAAAUUAUAUAUUGAUGCUGGGAACAAGUGUGAUGAUUCCUUCAACCAUUGUUCCAUACAUGGGAGGAAGUGAUGGUGACAAGGCACGGGUAAUACAGACUCUGCUCUUUGUAGCUGGCAUUAACACACUUCUCCAAACACUUUUUGGUACCAGAUUGCCUACAGUAGUUGGAGGUUCAUUUGCGUAUGUAUUUCCAAUUGCUUAUAUUAUCAGGGACUCCUCAUUGCAACAAAUUAGUGACCCUCAUGAAAGAUUUAUACAAACAAUGCGAGCAAUACAAGGAGCUUUGAUUGUAGCAUCAAGUAUUCAAAUAAUCCUGGGUUACAGCCAAGUUUGGGGACUCUUUUCAAGAUUUUUCAGUCCCCUUGGUAUGGCACCUGUAGUUGGAUUGGUCGGAUUAGGUUUAUUUCAACGUGGAUUCCCUUUGUUGGGGGACUGUGUAGAAAUUGGUAUACCUAUGUUAUUGUUGGUAAUUGGUUCGUCACAAUAUCUAAAGCACGUGAGACCAUUUAGAGAUAUCCCCAUCUUUGAACGUUUUCCAGUGUUGAUAUGUGUCCCAAUUGUUUGGAUCUAUGCUGUUAUCUUGACUGCCAGUGGAGCUUACCGACACAAGCCUGACACAACGCAACGUAGUUGUCAAACAGACAGAGCAAACCUGAUAUCUACGGCCCCAUGGUUCAUGUUCCCCUAUCCUUUCCAAUGGGGUCCCCCUACAUUUUCUGCUGGCCAUUCAUUUGCCAUGAUGUCUGCAGUUAUUGUCUCAAUGGUGGAGUCAACUGGUGCAUACAAGGCUGCCUCUCGGCUAGCAAUUGCUACUCCACCUCCUGCUUAUGUAUUAAGUCGAGGCAUUGGUUGGCAGGGGAUUGGUGUCUUACUUGAUGGUCUUUAUGGAACAGGGACUGGUUCCGGUGUUUCUGUGGAAAAUGUGGGGCUACUUGGACUAACUCGAGUUGGAAGUCGCAGAGUUGUUCAGAUUUCUGCCGGCUUUAUGAUAUUCUUCUCUAUUUUAGGAAAGUUUGGAGCUGUGUUUGCAUCUAUACCGUUCCCAAUAUUUGCUGCACUGUACUGUGUUCUCUUUGGCCUUGUGGGUUCAGUUGGAAUAUCAUUCCUUCAGUUCACAAACAUGAACUCCAUGAGAAAUCUUAUUAUCACUGGGCUCACACUGUUCCUUGGCAUAUCAGUUCCUCAAUUUUUCGAUCAAUACUGGACUCCUUCGCGACAUGGCCUUGUCCAUACUAAUGCUGGAUGGUUCAAUGCGUUCUUAAAUACCUUAUUCUCAUCAGCACCAACAGUGGGUUUGAUAGUGGCAGUGUUGCUUGACAACACUCUUGAGGUAGAAAGGUCAAAGAAAGACCGAGGGAUGCCAUGGUGGGUAAAGUUUAGGACGUUUAAAGGAGACAAUAGAAACGAAGAAUUCUAUACUUUGCCAUUCAAUCUCAAUAGGUUCUUUCCACCAACUUGA